AGUUAAACUUCCAUACUGGGUCCGAUAUAUCCAUGUGGAGAUUCUGGGAUUCAUGGGAAACGAGAACGGGUCCACUCAGAAAAUCUCAGUGGGAGACGAGGUUCACGUCAAACCUAAUGUGGUCACACCCACCUACAAAUGGGGGUCCGUGUCUCAUAACUGCAUUGGAACAGUUACAGCCAUCAAUGCCAAUGGUAGAGAUCUAACAGUAGACUUUCCCCAGGAAUCUCACUGGACAGGGGUUAUUGAUGAAAUGAAAAUUGUGCCAAGAUCAAAUCCUGGAGUGGGGUGUGAUGAAUGUGAACUGUUCCCCAUUGUGGGCUCAAGAUACAAGUGUCAGAAUUGUCCCAGUUAUGACAUGUGUGAAAACUGCUUCAGAAUCAAGAAGCACAAACACAGUCAUGUCUUCAUCAAAAUAUCUGAACCAGAUUGUGAGCCAUCUUUUGCUGGUAAAGCAGGCAAACAGAGGAGGAAGUUUGGGGUCAUGUCCUCCAGAUCCACCAUUGAUGACUGGCACACCUGUGUCAAGGCCAUCACUGUGUCAUCUCGAGAAAACCAGGCUCGCCGACUCAUCAAUGGAAACAAUGGCUACUGGCAGAGUUCAGGGUUACAGGGCAAACACUGGAUCCGACUUGAAAUGCAGCCAGAUAUCCUUUUACAUCGACUCUACAUGAAAGUGGAGCCUUCUGACUCCAGCUACAUGCCAAAUUUGGUGGUGAUCAGUGCAGGAGAUACAUUACACUCCAUGAGAGAAAUCCGUGCAGUCAAUAUCACAUCAUCUGAGUCUAUUGUUACGCUUCUACAGGACCUUAAUGACGUGAGUCUUAGAUUCAAUUAUGAUUAA